UUUGAAGAAACAUUUUUAGUACUCCUUUUGUAAUUGCUGUCUGUGGGGCCGUGGCAACUAAUAUAUGUUCAGCAGAGCCAGAAGUAGACAUUACAGUGUGGAGUGGAGCAAAACAGCCCACUUUUGUCCCUCUUCCUUCUAUCUUCUUCCCAUUUCAAGAAAACUUAGGGUUAGGAUUUGAGUGUCUUUCAUUUUCUUCUGUUUUUGUGAUUGUGAAGAGGAAAAUAUGCAGCAGCCUCCACAGUUUAUGAACAUCACCACCGGGCAGAUUCAAAAGUACCUGGACGAGAAUAAAGAGUUGAUUAUGGUAAUACUAGAGAAUCAAAACCAGGGAAAGUUGCCUGAGAGUGCCUCGCUUCAAGCACAGCUGCAGAAGAACUUAAUGUAUCUGGCUAAAAUUGCUGAUGCACAGCCACCAGCAUCAGCAUCUUCCCAGAUACCUCCACAGUCUGCAGUGCAGCCAGAGCAACAUGUUCAGUCUGCACAAGCUGCAAUAGCUAAGCACCAUCCAGGUUUCUUAGCACCAAAGAUGCCUCUCCAUUUGAAUGAUCAGCAGCAGCAACCACAGCAGCCGACGUCUCUCCAACAACAGCAACUCAACCAACCACAAGUGGACUUUAGAUCUGUUGCCCUUAGUGGCACUUAUCAGGGCGGGCAAACUGGGCUUGGUAACAAUUUCAUGAACAUUCAAGGAAACAAACAAGAUGGCUCAGAAAAUGGUGGUGGUGAAGACUUUCGAAACUCAGCAUAUGGACAACGCUAGGGAUAGUGAAGGCAUGACGCAUAGAUGAUAUCAACAUUGCUAUAACCCUGGUGUUUAUGUUGUGUAGAGGUCCUCCGGCACCUCUCUGCCUCUAAUCAUUUGAUUGUAUUUUGUUGCUGUUUUGGGUGCUAAGGAAACUGUGGCAAAAAAGUGGCAGAUACAUACGUGGAGAGCUAACUCGGUUCUUUUGUCAUCUCUAGGACAUAGUUCUAUUGCGAUCCUGAAUCUCUUGGCAGUAUAUUGACUAUUAGCCUAUUACUGAUUGAAAUACUGGUUUCAAGGUUCCUAAGUCUGCAUUGAUAUGCAUACAACUAAGGCAAAGUGAUAAAGAGUCUCCAAUUGAUCACUGUCGUUUUUCUGUUCAGGCUAACGUCCUUAAAACACCAUACAAAGCAUCUGUACAGAGAUUUAGAUGCUUCCAUUUUCUUCAAUCAUAGCAAGGCUGGGCUCAAAAACCUUAACCUUGCAAUCAAAGGCAUUACCAUCAUAUUUUAACUUUCUAGUUUAAGAGCAUUACCCUCAUUUUAUUAUUCUAAUUUCUAAGCGAUGAGAACGGUGCUUUGUCUACCCAAAGAUCAAACCUUCCAAGUCCAGUUUGUAUUAAACCAGAACCAAGUUACCGCUACUCAAAUGAGCGCGCUGUAAAACAAUUGAGCAAUUUCCUAUAUCUUUGACUAUGACUUUUAAGUAGUUGUGCUUCUUGGUCCCAGGUAACUCCCCAACCUCUGCGGUGCUGAGUGCAUCAACAACUAGAGCAAAGGUCUGUUCACCA